UAUGUUAUUGAUUAAAGUAAAAAUUAAAUCAUUAUGAGGGUAACCCACAAAUGGGACAGGGUGAUAAAUUGGAACUUUCGACGACCCCAUCAGAUUUGAAUGUGUUACAGGAAAAGGGUUUCAUUCUAGAAAAGAUUAUAGGAGAAGGGUCGUAUGCAAAAGUUUUCAAAGCAACGCAGAUGAUGGACGAGACGAGGCACUGUAUACUAGCGUGCAAAGUGAUCGAUACGGCGCAGGCGCCGCGGGAUUACCUCUCCAAAUUCCUUCCGCGAGAACUGGAUGUUUUGAUACGUGUAAAUCACCCGCACAUUAUCAACGUGUCCCAUAUCUUCCAACGAAGAGCUAAAUAUUUUAUCUUCCUCCGCUUCGCAGAGAACGGGGACUUGUUAGACUUUUUAUCCCAGCAUGGCGCGGUGCCGGAGAAUCAAAGCAGAUUAUGGAUGCGACAGAUCCUAUCGGGCAUGCAGUACAUACAUUCAAUGAACGUGGCACACAGAGAUUUAAAAUGUGAGAACAUUCUUAUAACGGCAAAUUACAAUGUGAAGAUUACUGAUUUCGGUUUCGCGAGGAACGUGCGACAGAGAGACCGCGACAUCUUGAGCGAGACGUACUGCGGUUCGCUGUCGUACGCCGCGCCGGAGGUGCUGAAGGGAGUGCCCUACCUGCCCAAGAUGGCGGACAUGUGGUCGAUUGGAAUCAUUCUUUACACGAUGCUGAAUAAAGCACUCCCCUUCAAUGAAACCUCGGUGAAGAAACUAUACGAAAAGCAGAUAAUGCGCAAGUGGCGUUUCCGCACAAACAUCGUGAACCAGCUGUCGACGGAGUGCAAGGAGCAGGUGACGGCGCUCAUGGAGCCGGACCCCAAGGGCCGUCCCACCGCCACCGCCAUCGUCGCCGGACCCUGGAUCGGCAUGGACGCCAAGCUUGCUAAGUUAACAUUCCUAGAAGAAUCUCUUUUGAAACAAGCCGAAGAGGAAGCGCAUAUGAAAGAAAAGGAUAACUACGUGGAGAGUGAAGUCGAAAGAAUCGCGGAGUUGCGAAGAAAAGGUCGGGGAAAAGAGGGUCUAAAGGUGUUGAAAGCAAGUGAAGGUAUAUAUGAAAAAUCUCAAUCCGUACUAAAUCAUAAACAUAAAUAG